AUGAUUUCAAAACUGAUACAAACAAGCUAUCUCCCUCCCUCUAUCUAUCUAUCUAUCUAUCUAUCUAUCUAUCUAUCUAUCUAUCUCUCUCUCUCUUCCUCCCCCCCUCCUCCCUAUCUAUCUAUCUAUCUAUCUAUCUAUCUAUCUAUCUAUCUAUCUAUCUAUCUCUAUGGUUUUUCUAUUCUUUGUUUCUUCUUUUCUUUCGUCCUCUCCUUAUUACGCAGUACCUCCUGUGAUGAUAUUCUUAAGAUCAUUUCCAUCCAAAUUCAACUCAAUCAAUUGGCUGUCGUACUUAUAAACGCAGUUUUGCUCUGUCGGCAGGGAGUACCCCCCGCAACGAGGUACGAGGAGGGACCACAUCUGGAUUCGCAUGCAUCUAGAAUGGUAGUUCGCCCGCAUCGUCAGCAGCGACAUAUUCCUAUGGCUACUGUACCAAAAAAUGGUCUUAUUUGCCUAACCUCUUUCACGGAUGAGAAAUUACCCGGGUUUCAACGUGCCGCGCCAACAAUGGAAGAUUUCAAAACGAGGCUCCCAGCAACUGCCAAUGCGGGAAUUAAUCCUUGCCGAUCGACUAGCUGUCAUUUAGUACGUGAUCGUUUCCGGCGAGAUCUUGAGAAAGUUACUCUAUCUAUCUAUCUAUCUAUCUAUUUGACUUUGGACAAAGUCCAACCCUUACCUCACAGUCGUACAGUAUCUAUCUAUCUAUCUAUCUAUCUAUCUAUCUAUCUAUCUAUCUAUCUAUCUAUCUAUCAGUCUAUCAGCAUUUGUUGUUCAUUUUUAUUUUUAUUUUCUCUACUUUUCUUUUUACGUUUUGAUUUUUUAUUUACCUUUUUUUUUUCUUCUGUUGCUUUUUUCUUUCUUUUUUUUCUUUUUCUUUUUACUUUUUUCGCUUCCAUCUCUUUUCUCCUUUUCUAUUUGAGCUUUUGUUUUUCAUUUUCUUUUUCUCCUCAUUUUUUAUCUUUUUUCUUCUCUUUGGUUUUACUUUUGCUUUUUUUUCUUAUCUUUUUUUUCUUUUCCCUUUUACAUUUAUUUUCUUUUUUAGUCUUUAUUUUUCAUUUUCUUUUUUUUUUCUUUAUCUUUUUUCUACUUUUCUUUUUCCGUUUUUCUUUCUUCUUUUUCAUUUUAGUUUCUCUUUUGUUAUGUUUUUUUUUUCUUAUUUUUCGUUUCUCGUUUACUUUUCCCUUUCACGUUUUUUUUUUCAUUUUUUUUAGCUUUUAUUUUCAUUUUUUUUCAUUAUAUUUUUUCUUCUUUUCUUUUUCUGUUUGUAUUUUCUUCUUUAGUUCUUUUUUUUCGUAUUUUUAUUUUAUUUUUUCUCAUCUUUCUUUUUCUUUUAAAAUUUCUUUUCUCCUUUACUUUUUUAGCAUUUAUUUUUCAUUUUGUUUUUCUUUCCUUUUUUUCUUUAUUUUUUCUAAUUUUCUUUUCUUCUUUAAUUUUUCUUUUUUCUUGUCUUUAUUUUUUUCUAUUUUUACUUUUCUUUUCCUAUUUUGCAUUUUCUGA